AUGAUCCGGCAAAGUGUUGUUCCGAAUCGAGCUUUUGAUCUAUCUGCCAUGAACAAUCCAUUACCUCCCCUGAACACACUUCCUCAGUGGACUCGGGUCCAUGCUUUUGAUAAAAAUCGCUACUCAAAACCAUUUAUCAAAGAUCAGAAGGCAAGUGUGAAUCUUUUUGGUGGAUUUAAAAACAAUGGUGAGGAUGAUGACAUUCUGGCAGCCACAGAAAUGAACCCAUCUCAGCGAAUACAGUAUCUAGAACGCUGCAUUGUCUUUCUAAAACAGCAGCAUUCAGAAAUGUUGCACUCAUUACAUGAAGAAAUUGAAAAGCUGAAAACUGAAAAUAAAGAUUUACAGUUUAAAAUUGUAAUGAGCCAGAAAUCAUCACAGUCAGCGUUUGACGAACAAGAGAGGAGAAAACUACAGGCUGAUGGAAAACAACAAAUGACAACAAAUGCAGAUGACAUGUCUUCAGCCUCAUCAUACUCCAAACUGUUAGAUGAACCGUUUAAACCAGGAGGCUCACGGAAAAAUGAUUUGAAAAUUGUGUUUCUGGAGGAAGAGAUUAAGGAACUCAAGCAUGCCCUAAGAGAAACAAGAAAUAAAAACCAGUAUUUGAUGCAGUUGUUGGAGCAAUCUGAAGAACAAAGAAGAAGACAGCAAGGAGCAUUCGAAGCACUGAAGUAUCAGGUGAGUCAAGGAGUUGCUGAUCUCUCUGAGGUACCUGAGCAGAUGAAAUUAGAUGGCCAGGUGGUGCAGAUCAAGGGGCAGCCGUUAAACCUGCAGCAAAGUCAAGCCCUGAUCAAACACCUGCAACAGGUCAAUGACCAACAGAGCCAUGAGCUUGACAGGCUAAAAAUAGAUCUGAAAGAUGUCCUGUAUUCUCACAAGUGGACACCUGAUGCUUUUUUAAUGGCUAGAGCUUAUGUUGCCGAGGACAGCAUCAAGGAGGAAGAGAAAAGACGAAGUUUGCCCAGAAUUCCUUUGAGAACCGCCACCAGGAAAUUGCCAGAAAUAGCUUACAUCCAAGACAGUACCAGCCUCCCACCACUGCGACACACUGUAGGCAACAAGGCUAUCGAGAGAAGGAAGCGAACACAGAUCUUGCAGCGAACCAAGCUGGGGCCUGGGACCCUUUUGCCUUGA